UCAUCCUGCAAACCCUCCACUCCAGUGCCCAGGGAAGAAAGGGCACUAGAGUUUACUGAGUGGGAGCCGGGCGGAUGGGAGGGAGAAGGGAGAGGGAAAUUCAGGAGGAAAGAGUCCGGCGUGGAUCGCUCCAAGGCUGGCCCACCACGCCCUGACUGCAGGUGUGAUUGCCAGGGCCCCUGUGGCUCUGCUGAGUCCGGGCGCAAGCAGGCACAGAGGUGCUGGCGUCAGCUCAAUUCACAGGCCCCGGACUCCUGUCUAAACAGGACAGGCCCGGGCAACCACAGGGCAGGGGUGUCUGCCAAUGACGGGAGAGGACUCUGCUGCUUCUUAAGCUCCAGCGACUGAAGCCAGGGCGAGACAGCCUGCCGGCCACCCAGGUCUCCACUUGCCGCCUAGAGCUGGGACGGCAGCAGGGCUGCAGCAGAGGGAGGGAGACCACGCGGUGGCCGCUCCUGCCACCCACGGCCCCAACUCCAGGCAUGGCCAACCAGCUGACUGAGGAGCAGAUCACAGAAUUCAAGGAGGCCUUCUCCCUGUUCGACAAGGAUGGGGACGGCUGCAUCACCACCCGUGAGCUGGGCACGGUCAUGCGGUCCCUGGGCCAGAACCCCACGGAGGCCGAGCUGCAGGACAUGAUGAGGGAGAUCGACCAGGACGGCAGCGGCACCGUGGACUUCCCCGAGUUCCUGCGCAUGAUGGCCAGGAAGAUGAGGGACACGGACAGCGAGGAGGAGAUCCGCGAGGCCUUCCGCGUGUUCGACAAGGAUGGCAACGGCUUCAUCAGCGCCUCCGAGCUGCGGCACAUCAUGACACGGCUGGGGGAGAAGCUGAGUGACGAGGAGGUGGACGAGAUGAUCCGGGCCGCAGACGCCGAUGGAGACGGGCAGGUGAACUAUGAGGAGUUUGUCCGCAUGCUGGUGUCCAAGUGAGGCCGGCGCCACCCGGCCAGUGGGGCACGAACCCCAGGCCUCCAGCCUCCUCCUCCAUCCCCACCUCCACCAGGCACCACGGCUUCUUCAGCCCACCUCUCUGCCUCCCUCUUCCUGAGGCUCCGCUCUGCUCUUCUGCCCACCUCCCUGCCUGCCCAUCUGAGCAACAUGGAACACUCCCACUCCAAGCUGACCGUGAAACCCUCCCCACUCGGGAGAAGCAGAGCUGACCUUAGGAACAAACACAAGGGCAGGUCGUGCUGGCUCUGUGGCCACCAGGAUGGACCCCCUAGAGCACCCAGGCAAGAUCCCCAACAGGCACCCAAUGCCCAGGCCAGGGCAGGCUGCAGCCCUCAGCCCACGCCUGGAUUUCCCAAGGCUCCUGGACUGCAGGCUCUCUCCGCUGUGGGAUUCUGGAGGGUGGGGGACAUCUUGGCCUGCAGUGAGUGGGGCUGAUGGGAACUCUGGCCACAGAGGUCAGGCCUCCUGAAAACGGCAGUGCCUUCCACGCUGCUCCAGCUUGCCCCAGUCUGUCUCUGACAACCCACCGUGAUUCACUGCUGAGGCUGGGAGUGAAACCGGGUCAGCUGUAACCUGUUCCUAUUCAUCUGGACGGAGGGAGGCUUGGGUGGGGAGAAGGGGAACUGCCGGGAAAUAAAUGAGAUAGUCGUUAUUUCA